CAACACAUGUUGCACACUCCAGUUUCGAUUGAAAGCUAGUCCAUUGCGUGUAGGGUUAUGAUCCAUCAGAUAGACAUCAACGAGCCAACAAUAUAGUUAGAACACCUAUGUACAGUCUGUAAACCCACAUCAUGAGGAAACGUGUAAAUAUGUUACUGUGGGCAGUCCUCGCAGUUCUUUGGUUUCUUUUCACUACAGUAUUGCUCUUUGGAAUACUUGCUAACAUGGCCACCCAUGACACACAGGAAGAGGAGAAAGAAGAGACACGCAUCAAGAAGAACCUUCUUCAGACGAGGAAUUACACCACUAAAAGGUUGAUCGACACGCUGUUGGAAGAGAAAUCAGCAAAAGAUUAUACGUUUACUAGAUAUUCACUUGAUGUUCAAAAGUCGGGUAGGCUUCAUGCACACUUAACUAAAAUGUUGAAAACACACAAGCGACCAAAGGAUAGUUUUUAUAGUUUUAAUGUCACAAAAAGUGAAGAGCUCUCGGUCACGCGAGAUGUGAUUGACGAGAGACCAGAUGAGUGCAAGAAAAGGAUGUUCAACUACUCGGCACUACCAACUCUGUCGGUUGUCACUCCGCUCUACAACGAGGCUCUCACGACAUUAUUACGUCAUGUGUACGCAAUUUUAAAUCGGACACCUCCGCAACUUCUCAAAGACAUUAUAUUAGUGGAUGACAAUAGCACCUUGUCCUAUCUUGGGGCGGACUUUCAGGAAUAUUUAAGAAUUCUGGAUUCAAAAAUUCGAAUAAUUCGAAAUACAGAACGUAAAGGGUUGAUAUUGUCGAGAUUGGAAGGAGAGGAAAUGACGGAAGGGGACGUGGUUGUAUUCAUGGACGCUCACAUGGAGGUAUGUGAGGGAUGGGCGGAACCUCUUCUAGAGAGGAUUCAGAGUCAAUCUGCAAUUGUAGUGCAAGCUGACAUUGCUGCAAUUGACGGCGAUACAUUCAACCUGUACACAGGUUUCAAGGUCAAAUUCAGAGGAGGAUUUGGAUGGGAUACGAGGUACAGCUGGUUACCGCUGCCGACUUACCACAGCCAGUUCCGAAACAGUGAAUGGGAUCCAAUUCCUGUUCCCGUCCUUCAAGGUUCCUGCAUCGCAAUCAGCAAGUCGUAUUUCCAUACUGUCGGACGCUUCGAUGACGGCCUUGAGAUCUGGGGAGGGGAACAUUUUGAAUUGUCUUUCAAUGUAUGGAUGACUGGAGGUAGAAUCGAAACUAUCCCCUGUUCAAAGGUGGGUCACAUCUUUAAAAGCAAUAAGUACAGCUUUGGUCAAGCAAAAGACAAGAAUUAUAUCGUUGCAAAGAACAACCUGCGUGUGGCUGAAGUUUGGAUGGACGGAUAUAAAUCCAUUGUCCGUGCUGCUGUCAAAGCCUGGCAGAACCCGGUACCUGUCUUCACUGACGCUGAUUGGAUUUCAAUAAGAAAAAGAAAGGAAAUGAGAUUGAGACGUAAAAGUGAAUCAUUCAGCUGGUACUUGAAGAACGUCAUACCUGAAUAUAAGAUUCCAUCAAAAGACGAUUCCUUUUUCGGAGAAAUUCAAAACGCGGAGACCAAGAACUGUUUUUUCGUUUAUGAUGACGAAUACAUAGGAAUGACAUCCAAAUGUGAAACAUUUGUUAUCAUUCCAGAAAAUACAUUUGCCUUCGAUAAUUUCGGAAGGUUAAAAUAUGGAAACAGGUGUGUUGGAUACGAUAGAAUAACGUAUUUACUUUGGGUAACUGAGUGUCCGUGUAAAGAUGGACGAAAGGAUGGGAUAAGGUGGUCCUUCACCAGAGAUCAGCUUGUGAUGACGGAGAAGUCGGAAACGUUGUGCGCAACGCAGGCCAACUCGGGCUUCAGUAUUCAUCAGGGAAAGGAAAUAGUUCAAUUGCAGACGUGUGAUAAAACACGCAAAGUCCAAAAGUGGUCGUUCCAGUUUCAUUUUGUGUAUAAGUGAGCCAGACCAUGAACUGUCGUAUAGGUAUUGGUCGUCUGGUAUUGGUAGUCUGGCAUGGGCUUUGCUCGUGCUGAACCACGGCAGUGCGGAGCAUGAGAUCGUGUACAAUGUAGGGGAAACGGUGACGAGGUUCUUGUUCAUCCAGUUUAGCGUGGGAAAAGGGAGUGAUUGACUGUGCCUUCAGGAAUACAAUUGUUAAGUACCCACAUCAAGUGUUGCUCCUGUUUCGCUGAUUGAGUGGAUCAAUAGAUCUGAAUUGAAGAGGUAUAUUUACACGGUGUUACGAGGCGUUGUUCAAAUUCAAAUGUAUUACAUAUGUAUGCAUAUAUACAUGUACAUGCAUGAAUGCGUUUGCGUGCUUGUGCGCGUAUGUGGUGCACAUGUGUGUGUAGCGUAGUGCAUAGUGUCGUGUAAAGUGUUGUGUAUAGUGUCGUGUAAAGCAUCGGGUGUAUUGUUGUGUAUGGUGUCGUGUAUAGUUUCGUGUAUAAUGUCGUGUUCAGUGUUGUGUGUCGUGUCGAGUAUACCGUCGGGUGUAUUGUAGUGUGUAGUGACGUGUCUUGCGUCGUGUAUAGUUAGGAGAUAAACCUACUGUGAAAUUAGAGGUUGUAUAACGAAAUUAUAAUAACUCUGAAUUGGAUUUAAAACCGAACAGCUUGUGUAAUUGUGAUGUAGGGCUACUACCGUUUCAUUUUAAACAGUAUAUAUUUCUCGUAAAUAUAUUCUUUUGUUUGAAUUAAUAACAAUACUGUCUAUAUUUAUGUGGACGGACGGCCUUUCUUCGAUGUUAAUGCAUCCUUAUCGGAUCAGGAUCAGUGGCCAUAUCGUCAAAGAAAUGUGAUAAUAAAUUUUAUAUGAAAGUA